AUGGGCAGUAAGAUGGCGGCUGCCACUAGAGUCGUUCAGGUAGUCAAGCCACAUACUCCGUUAAUUAAGUUUCCAGACAGAAAAAGUAGUCCCAAACCUAAAAUACAGGAAUCUCUACAAGCAAGUAUGCCAUCUCUCGAUGCUUCAAAAGCACAGGAGUCUGUAGGAGGCAGAUUACCAGCAUUUCAAAAUAUUUCACCUGUUAGUGGAGUACAAGGUAUACCAGACACUUCUGAAUUAGCAAGAACCUUACCUCAAAAAUACAGAAGGAAACUUAUGUCAGAGGAAGAGAUUGAAUAUAUUCAACGUGGAGGUCCAGAAUAAGUAUGGAAGAUAGUUUGUUUGCCACUGUUGAAGAAUGAAGUAUUGUACUCGCAAUAAAGGCAUUUCCUUAAUAUUAUGAUUGUAUACUAAUAGCUUUAAUAAAAACCCAUAUGAAGGGUGAGAAGGUUGACACAACACACUAUAUAUUAAUUUGUGAUUGAGAAAGCCAUCAACAGAAAAUCUAACUAGCAUUUGAUGUCCACACCAUUAAAAUAUAUUUCUAAUUAGCCAUUUGCAAACUUGCCA